GGGCGGGAGAAGUGCCCAUUGCAAAAUAAAAAUUUCGGACACUUGACUGGUCUUCACUUUAUUAAUUGGACCAAAACAAAAAUAUAUAAUCAUUCAUUGAAUCAAAUAAAAAUCAUGUCUAUUUCUGAAGUACAAAUGUUGAAUAUUAAUGUCAUUAAAAAAAGGAAUUGAAAAAAUAUGACCAGUAGAUCAUGUAGAUCUAAACCGUAAACGGAAAUUAUUUACUUAUCAUCUCAUCAGCUCAGUGGCAAAUUGUCCAUAUGGGAGUGUUGGGACUGUAUACAAUGCCGGAUAGAUCUGGACCAUUUCUGCACAGCGAUUUGGAGACCGCUGAUUGGUCAAUCAUGUCAUGACUACGUGGUCGCCAUACGCCAAAACGGAAACGGAAGUAUCGAUAGCGGUAACGAUAUCCUGUCACAUUGUAUACGGUCUUGGUUCGUGAUCGGAUCGCUCCAGCUCAGUGUAGCUAGGCCUAUUGAUCGAAUAUUAUCAAGACGCUGCAAUUUAUUUUAUGCAUAUUCAAGCGACGCUCCAAAAGGCAGUGGCUGGAUGACGUAAUUUAAUAAGGGUCUUUGUUAAGUUUGUUCUGAAAACGAGCGUACACUCUUCAACAGCACGCAUUUCCCAUUCAGUCGGCAGAUAUGUUGGAUGUUUUGAAGAGUGCCAUAUUAUUAGAAAGGGUGUCAAAUUUUCCGCCGUGGCCAUUCCAGUUUUUCUUGCGAUAGAUUGAACAAGUGCGAUCUCGGCAGCGAUAUUUCUGGUGGAAAUCACUUCCCCCUUAUCAGAUUGUCUGUCUUGAAAAGAAUAAAGAUUUACCAUCAUCUUCAUUUUACAGUCACCAUGAUCUCCAAAAGAGUGGAGGUAUCACCUAAGAGAGAGAGAGAGAGAGAGAGAGAGAGAGAGAGAGUGAUCUCAUUGUCAAAACAUUUACAAGCAAAGUGUAUCAUUAUCAUGUUCUAGAUAGAUGACACAAUAUUAUUUUAACCCUUUGCCCACCACGGACACCCUCCUGCGCCGCAUUAAUUUCAAGGUGCAACCUUUAGAGGGGUUUAGCAUGGAUGGACUCUGCUAAUACAGCUCACUUAAGCUUUUGUUUGGAAUUGGUUUAGUGUAAAGAAAAGCUUUGCGAUGCACUCAUCACUAAUUUGUGUAUGAACAAUAGACUAAUUGCACUUGGUUUGUAUUGUGAAUAGAAUGUGGCUUGAAUCUAACUUGGCUGUCUGCUCUCUGUGACUAGUUGAACAAUACAGGCAAAGAGUUAAUAAUUUUUUUUUUUAUUCUUUCUUCCCACCUUUCCUCAGAAGGAGUGUACCGAAUAUUUACUAGAAGGAGUAGGCCUAUUGUUUGCAGAAGAUGAAUAGCAUGAUUCAAAGAACAACAAGACUUGUUUCAUCUUGUAGACUUCAACUACAGGUGUUUGCAGCAUGUCACAGUCACUCACAUACAGCAAGGCAUAGUGUGAUUCACUUUCCUGACAGUCUAAAAACACAUGGAGGAGAGGCUAAUGUUUCGUAUACUGGCAGAGUUUUUAAACCGAAUCUGUCAGCAUUAUCACAACAUAGAUCAGAGUCAGACAUUUGUAAGCUCCAAAGAGCUCUUUGUAGGAAUUUGAAACAAAGCUCGUCAUUGCUAUGUCAGGCGAACCAAGUUAAUUGCAUAAGUGUCGGUCCAAGGAGACUCAGGGAUAGUAGACAGAUGUUGAAUAGACCGGUGCACCAUCAUUUCUCAACAAGAGCUUCAUAUUCUGCAAUGAAUGUUUGCCGCAAGAGAAGUUAUUACCAGUCUGCAGCUACUAGUGCCUUCACAUGUUGCAGAGUUCAGAGGUAUGGAUCCAGCGCUAUUGGAAAUGAGACCGGUGAUCCCCUCUCACCUAAGAGCCCACAGUUCAGAUGCUACAUGGAUCAUCUGAGAAAUGAGCACCAGGCCAUCUCAGAUAGACUGCAGGGAGGGGAGCCGUUGUCAGACUCUAAACAGAAGGAGCUCAGGGGAUCCAUGAUGGAGCUUGGUGAGAUCCUUGAGAAAUGGAACGAACUGAUUUCAAUGGAAGAAGAGAUCGAUAAAAUUCAGCAUCUUAUCCAAGAUGGUCAUGAUAAAGAGAUGCAGGAUCUAGCUCUAUCUGAGAAGGAUCAACUCCAGGACAGGAUUGAAGAUUUAUCACAAGUGUUGGUUGACCUUCUAAUGUCCUCCGAAGAGACUAAUGAUAAUGAUGUCAUAAUGGAGUUUUCAGCAGGUGUGGGAGGUCAAGAAGCUAUGCUGUUUGCCUCUGAUAUGUUUGACAUGUAUCAACGAUAUGCAGAUUACAGACGUUGGUCCUUUACAAUCCUUGAGUACUUUACCUCAGAUAUAGGUGGAUUAAGGCAUGCUACCGUUAGUAUCACCGGUGAUCAAGCUUAUCGUCUUCUAAGACAGGAGGCUGGCGUCCAUCGUGUUCAGAGGGUACCAAAGACAGAGAGACAAGGGCGUAUACAUACAAGCACCAUGUCAAUAGCGGUACUUCCACAACCUAAAGAGAUUGAUCUGAAACUGGACCCUAAAGAUCUGAGGAUUGAAACAAAGAAAGCUAGUGGAGCAGGAGGUCAGCAUGUGAAUACAACGGACAGUGCUGUUAGAAUUACCCAUAUACCAACAGGUAUCUCGGCUGAAAGUCAACAAGAGCGUUCCCAACACAAGAAUCGUUCGAUUGCCAUGACGAUGCUACAGACUCGAAUCUACAACCGGAUCCUUGAAGACCAGACCAACUCUGAAAGAUCGAUGCGUCGUUCACAGGUGGGCACAAGAGGGCGCUCUGAAAAGAUUCGUACUUAUAAUUACCAGCAAGAUAGGAUCACGGACCAUCGGAUCAGUCGUAGUAUCCAUGGAGUAAUGGAGUAUCUACUAGGAUCUGAACACUUAGAUGAAAUGAUGGUUAGUUGUAUGGAAGGCGAGGAGUGUCAGAAUAUACGAGAAAGAAUCCUAGAAGUUUAUGAUAUGAGCAAAGAGAACUCAAGAUAGGAUCACGGACCAUCAGAUCACUCAUAGUAUCAAUGGAGUAUCUACUAGGAUCUGAACUCAUAGGUGAGAUGAUGGUUAGUUGUAUGGAAGGCCAGGAGUGUCAGAAUAUACUAGAAAACGUGGAAGAGGGAGGGGUCACUGUUACUAGCAGUUAGACAUCAUGGUCGUAUACAGACUUCCCCAGAAUUUCUCUAUUGAUUUGCCCAUUUUACAGUACCCUAAACAAAUAUAUAUUUAUUCCCUAAACUAAAUGUCUCAAAUGUUGUAUUGUAAUGAAAAUGUGAAGCUUAUACCCUUUCCAUGAAAUUUUAUACCUUCUUACUGGAUGUGCUGAUAUUGCCUGGCUGUUGAAAACAAGACUUUUUACUUGUUAUUUUAAAUGUGCAUUGUGGGCAACUUACUUUUUGUAGUUAUUGAACAAAUUUACUUGAAAUUAAAGCAUCUUCAAAAUGAA